AUGCUGAAGAGAACCUUGGCCAACUUUGGCAAGAAGCUGAUCCGUCAGCGGACCGUGGACCUGGGCUCGCAGGAAACGCAGCUGGCCCGCUGCCUCUCCACCGUAGACCUGAUUGCUCUCGGCGUAGGCAGCACCCUUGGGGCCGGGGUCUACGUCCUGUCUGGCGAGGUGGCCAAGGACCAGGCUGGCCCCUCUAUUGUGCUCUGUUUCUUCAUUGCGGCCAUCUCGUCUGUUUUGGCUGGCCUGUGCUACGCAGAGUUUGGCGCCCGGGUGCCCAAGGCUGGUUCUGCCUACCUCUACAGCUAUGUCACCGUGGGGGAAAUUUGGGCUUUCACCACGGGGUGGAACCUCAUCCUCUCCUACAUGAUAGGGACAGCGAGUGUGGCUCGGGCCUGGAGUUCCACCUUUGACCACAUCAUUGGGGGCCACAUCUCCACGUUCUUCCGGAACCACACAGCUUUGCACCUGGACAACGUGCUGGCCGAGUAUCCCGACUUCUUCGCCCUCUUCUUGGUGCUGGUGCUCACAGGCCUUCUCUCGUUCGGAGUGAGCGAAUCUGCCCUGGUGAAUAAAAUCUUCACGGCCAUCAACCUGCUGGUGCUCAGCUUUGUCAUUGUCGCGGGUUUUGUGAAAGGAGAUGUCAAGAACUGGAACUUGUCCAAGGAGGAUUGGCAGAACCGCUCACAAAACCUCUUGGAGUCUAGACACAAGGACAGCUUCGGCGAAGGAGGGUUUGUCCCCUUUGGCUUCGAAGGAAUCCUCUCGGGGGCUGCCACCUGUUUCUACGCCUUUGUUGGAUUCGACUGCAUCGCCACCACAGGUGAGGAAGCUCGGAACCCCCAACGGUCCAUCCCCGUCAGCAUCAUCGUCUCGCUCCUCAUCUGCUUCGUGGCCUAUUUUGGCGUUUCGGCCUCCCUGACCUUGAUGGUCCCCUACUUCCUGGUGGACAAGGAGAGCCCGCUGCCUGAUGCCUUCAAGGCCGUGGGCUGGGAGCCCGCCCGCUACGUGGUGGCCAUCGGCUCCCUCUGUGCCCUCUCUACAAGCCUGCUUGGCUCCAUGUUCCCCAUGCCGCGAGUGAUCUACGCCAUGGCUGAAGAUGGCCUGCUCUUCCGGUUCCUCUCCCGGGUUCACAGCCGGGCCAAGACCCCCUUGGUGGCCACUGUCGUCUCGGGCAUCAUUGCAGCCCUGAUGGCGUUCCUCUUUGAGCUGAAGGACCUGGUUAACCUGAUGUCUAUUGGCACGCUCCUGGCGUACUCUCUGGUGGCCAUCUGUGUGCUCAUCCUCAGGUACCAACCUGAGCUACUGAGGGCCUCCAAGGACCUGGAAAUGCUCGAGAUCAACGGAAGUGAAGAAGAAAAGCUGACCAUGAAUUCCACGGGGGGUGAUGGGCCGAAGGCAUCCCAGGAGAAGUUCAGCUGCAAGAGUCUUUUCUUCCCCUCCGAGGCCAUCCCGACCCACGUCUCGGGGCGCCUCGUCUACAUCAGCACCACGGUCGUUGCUGUCACGAUCACUGCCCUGUGUGGCAUCCUGGCCCAUGAGUGGGAAGCCCUCCAGAAGGGCAGCGUUGGCUGGGUCAUUGCCUGUGUCAUUCUCCUGGGCAUUUUGUUCGCUGGCACUGCCAUCAUCUGGAGGCAGCCCGAAAGCAAGACCCGGCUUGCUUUCAAAGUGCCCGGCCUGCCGUUGCUCCCCCUCUUCAGCAUCCUGGUGAACAUCUAUCUCAUGAUGCAGCUCGAUGCAGGAACCUGGGCCCGCUUUGCUGUCUGGAUGGCCAUCGGCUUUGCCAUCUAUUUUGGUUAUGGGCUCCAGCACAGCGAAGAAGGGCAGGGGGCCCCGCAGUCCCGGUCAGCCGCCGACAAAGGCCUGCCUUCGGCCACCUCUGAGCUGAGCCAAGAGACGGCCGCCUGAGAGAAGCGGAUGCUUCUGUCCUCCUUCCGCUGCCAUGGAACCCCCCCCCCCCGAGUUCUUGUCUGCCUCCUGCCCCACCCUUCAAGAAGGAAGCCGUGGCACGUGGGACCUUCACGGGUGCGUUGCACUCAACCUGUGGUGGCAGCAGCGGCAGCUUCAUUUUGCAGAGGAGGUGGAGAAAGCGAGCUGGGAUAAAAUUUAGGGGCAGCCAUUUCUCCUAGGUGGCGGGGGGGGGGAGGGUGACCUUCUGCCGAGAAGCUGCCACCCAUGGUUUAUUUAUUUACCUGGUUUUGCUGCCUAGACCGCCUUCCUCAGACCUAGAUGUGCGUAAACGUGUCCCCAGAUGACCUCCAGAACUAUCAGUCUGGUGAUCUUAACUAUUGCUUGUAUGAUAUUUUUCCCCCAAAGAUGUUACAUGUUUUUUUUUUUAAUAUGAGUACAACUCCAUGCUCUUAGCUAUUUUUUUAAAAAAGUUGGACUCAUCUGACCCCCUGUCAGUUUAGUUUCUUUGUAGGCCUAUCUCAGAUGCCCUUGGCCGUGGGUCUCCAGCAGAAGCAACCGGGUGGCCUCCGGAAAUGGAGACAGCCUAGGAGUUGUAGCAGUGCAGUAUUAAUCCGGAGCAUAAUGGCUUAAAUAAUCAUGGUUGUUUGGAGUUCUGCCGUUCUCCUUGCCAAACAUUAUCAAAUGGAUUCCUGGGGUUUCUCCAAUAAAAACAAACGGAUUAGAGGAUACAAAACUGGCUCACCCAACAUGCCAUGUAGGGAUUCAGUAUCCUGUAUACCAGUGGUGGGAUUCAAAUGUUUUUACUACCAGUUCUUGGGCGUGGCUUGGUGGGCGUGGCAGUCUCCUUCCAGUCAGAGGUGAACUUUGCUGAUUCUCCGAACUACUCAAAAUUACCGCUCCUGCUUCUCCAGAACUGAUCAAAACCUGCUGAAUCCCACCUCUGCUGUACACAUUCAGUCCAUAAUAGUUUAUUCACGAGAGCAGGCUGUACUGUCGUGAAUGAAUCGGCCCAAUGGAUAGUGUUGAAGUGGGGUGAGAGGGCCAAGGGCUGAGUAAAGUCAUAGUAAAAUAAGUCAGUUUGUUAUCAUGUAGCUAAGUCUGGAGAGAAGCACCAUCACAACAUCAGCCUUAUGGCGGGGUGAUGAUGUAAGAGAAGCGGAGGGAGGCUGGGCACUGACCUCGUGGUCAGUAGCUGCCAACCGGAGAGCUCUUGGCCCCGGUGCCGCCACCUUCUGGACCAGAGGUCAGGGCUAAAGAUGGAGGCCGAGCAAGGGCCUAACAGCCCGGCUGUGUCUGGUUGCUUAGAACGAAGCCAGCAGCAGACCACAGCUGGCAAAACCUCAAAGCAAGGUGAGGUCACUGCCAGACUUCAUCUGUUGCAAAGAUGGCAAAGCCAAUAAACCCCCAUUGGCUCCAAAACAGGGUGGAGAUGUUUUCCUCCUCAUAAAUGAAGCCAAAUAUAUUGUCCAGCUAGUGAUUUCCUAUUUUGGCCCAACGUGAAACUGGCAAGGAAUUCGGUCCCUAACUUGGAAGGCACCAGAGUGGCAAAGACAGGAUUGGGGUGACUUGUUUUCUGGGGAAAAAGUGGCUUGCUUUUUGUCAUGAUACAGAUUAUUUACCAGAAAAAUAAUUCUGAGAAUUCCACAGAAAGCUGGAUAGUGACAUUGGUUGUAUGUACGUAGAUACACUCCACUUACAUCAGAAAGCCAGGCUUCCUAACAACUGCACCAGGGCCAGGUUCUAUAAUGCCAAAGCCACUUCAAACUUCACGCAGCUCCGUUCCAAGUCUUAUGAUUAAUUUCCCCAACAUUUCCAAAAGCAAAUUGUGAACGUGCAGAGCCAACACUGAGUUUGUUGUGUUUUGGAAAUUAGCUCUAUACGCACAACUUUUGACAUUUCCUCUUUCUGAAGGAGAUUUGGGACAAUCUCAGUUUAGGGCCUGUAACUCAGCAGCAGAAUCUUCAUGGUCCCAGGUCUUCAGAAAAGGCUGGGAGCACCAGGUCUGGAACCCACCCUGAGAUAAAUGGGCCAGUCUCAGCAAAGGCGGCUUCUCGUGUUCCUAACCUUACGUUAUUCCGCAGCCUUGGGCAGAGCAAGAGGGGAGAUUUCCACUUGUUUUAACAGAACUUUGUUGUCUUGUCUGAACAUCUACGGUACAUGUGCACAAAAGUUCUUCAACGUGAAUAUAAUACCCAGCGUCUUAAUGCAUUUGUUGGACCAAAUAAAGUGUUCUGUUAUUA